CUGUCAGUCCGGUCGGUUUCCCCAGUGACCUAUCAUUUUAUUUUAUUUAACUAAUUAUUAUACAAUUAUCUAGGCUGUGAUAUAUCCUCAAGAUGAAUAGAAGACCCAUAGGACUGCCCCUUUGGACGCCCAUUUUCAUCCUCUUCUUGCUCUUCCUGGCCAGCGUGUGGGGUAAGCCGCCGUUUGUGGUGAAUCGCCAGGGUCUGCUGGACAUGUACCACCGCCAGGUUCAUGGUUCUCUCCCUGGCAAAAAGGGAAUGGAUUGUCCCGGGGAUGGAUUAAUGGAUAUCAAGCACAAUCGCUUCGAUCGCUCUAUGAAUCCCUUCAAGGCCUUUCUUUCCUGGCCCGGCAAGCCCAGAAAAACUGAGAAACUGAAGCCCGUGGAGGAGGAGUCCUAUGGCCAUGAAAUGAGAUCGAAAUACAAAGCUCCAGAGCCCAUAUAUGAAAACAAAAUGGAUCGCUAUUUGGCCCAGGAUGAUGAGCUGGACUUUGAGCCGAAUCUGGGCCUGGACCAUGAGUAUGCAGAGCAUCUGAGCCAGGAGGAGGAACUGGACAUGUUUGACAGCUUUCAACCCAGCAAAUCCAAGUUGAUAAACAGUCCCAUGAUGGACUACAAACGAGAAUUCGCCAGCGAUGAGGCCAAUCCCUACGUGGAGAACCUUCGACAGCGCUAUGAGCCCUCGCCAUUCGCCUUUUCGGAUUGAUCUGUGUUCAGGAUAAAAAUCCUUAUAUUUUUUUAAACAAUUUUUCAAGAGCGAUUUUAGCGAUCU